AUGAAAAACAUCCGCAGCCAAUCCACACACUGGCGAGCAACCUGCAGCUUUGACCAAAUGGAACAAAAAAUUGAUUACAGAGACUACCUCAGAGGCAAGUUCAGCGACUUGGACAUCAUGACAUAUGAUGCGAACGGACAAUGCUUUCUAGUUGAUUAUGUGAAUCUUCGUGGACAUACAGCGAUUGGUACCACAGCACAGUUCUGGCAGCGCAAAAACAUGUACCCCAUCCACAUCGACAGUCAUAAAUCCAACGGCUGUACCUUUAAACCUCUCGCUGGAGCUGUUCCAAGUGAGGAUAACUUUGGUUGCUACGAAAGCUUUAACAAGAAUUUCCGCUGCACUAUGGGAGACGAUCAGACAACCCAAUGGUGGUUUGGUGGCUACAUGGCGGACUAG